UUUGAACGUGCGUCCAUGUUGGUGAUUCUGCUGAACUGUGUGACACUGGGCAUGUUUCAUCCCUGUGAGGACAGCGACUGCAAAACGGAGAGGUGCAGGAUCCUGCAGGAUUUUGACGACUUCAUCUUUGCGUUCUUCGCCGUUGAGAUGGUGAUCAAGAUGGUGGCUCUGGGGAUUUUUGGCAAGAAUUGUUACCUUGGUGACACAUGGAACCGCUUGGACUUCUUCAUUGUACUGGCUGGGAUGUUGGAGUACUCCCUCAACUUGCAGAGCGUCAGUUUUUCAGCAGUGAGGACGGUUCGUGUGCUGAGACCACUGAGAGCCAUCAACCGAGUGCCAAGUAUGCGUAUCCUGGUGACCCUGCUCCUGGACACCCUGCCUAUGCUCGGCAAUGUGCUGCUGCUGUGCUUCUUCGUCUUCUUCAUAUUCGGCAUCGUGGGCGUCCAGCUGUGGGCCGGCCUGCUCAGAAACCGCUGCUUUGUGGAGGACAACUUCUCCUUCCCUCUGUCUGUGAAGUCGGAGAAGUUACCUGAAUACUACCACACUGAGAAUGACGACGAGAACCCCUUCAUCUGCUCUCAGCGCCGGGACAAUGGCAUGAGGGACUGCAACUCAGUGCCUAAGCAAUAUGAGGGAGUCCUGCAGUGCAACCUGGACAUGGACUUUUACAACAGCACCGACAACACCACUUGCGUCAACUGGAACCAGUACUACACCAAGUGCACUGCUGGUCAGUUCAACCCUUUCAAGGGAGCCAUCAACUUUGACAACAUCUGCUAUGCCUGGAUUGCCAUCUUUCAGGUGAUCACUCUGGAGGGCUGGGUGGACAUCAUGUACUUUGUGAUGGAUGCUCACUCUUUCUACAACUUUAUCUACUUCAUCCUGCUCAUCAUUAUUGGCUCAUUCUUCAUGAUCAAUCUGUGCCUGGUGGUCAUCGCCACUCAGUUCUCCGAGACCAAGCAGCGGGAGAGCCAGCUGAUGAAGGAGCAGCGAGUGCGCUUCCUGUCUAACGCCAGCACUCUGGCCUCCCUCUCCGAACCAGGCUCUUGCUAUGAUGAGCUCCUCAAGUACCUGGUUCACAUCAUCCGCAAGGGGGCCAAACAAGUGGCCCAUAUCUGCAGGCUCUUGGCUCGCCGCGCUGGGCUCAACAUAGCUGCAUCGCCCCUAGCCACGGAGCCUCAACGUAGUCGGAGGAGGAGGAAGUCCUCCAGGCAGGGAUCCAUGUCUAUUCAUCACAUGAUGCACCAUCAUCACCACCACCACCACCACUACCACCUGGGAAAUGGCAGCGUGAGGGGAGGAGGGAGCCUCCACUGUAUGGAGGGUAGGGAUGUGGAAGCUGGAGCUCAUAAUAACAACGGAGGGGCUCUCGUUGCAACAACUGGCAGCGAACAUCUUGCUUUGGGGCCACCAUCUACUGUGACAGCAGCCACUUCUGAUUCAAACUUAGCCACUUUGUCCAACCCUGCUGCAGGUGCUGUCGAUUCAGCUUCAGUGCGCAGUGUAUGCAACGUAGAAACUCUUCGCAGCACCCCGUCGCCCACAUUCAUUGGGCCAAUUCCGUGCUCCUUCACCCUGGCCCCCGCUCCUGCAUCAAGGGCCAUGAAAAGGAACUCUGUUCCCUUCGCUGCGCCAGGUCCUAAAAACUAUCCCACCCUACAGGCCCGGGCCCUAGCAGAGUCCAGACGAGGAAGUGUUGCAGCCAGCACUCUGACAAACAUCAGCUUCAACCUCAAUAUCCCACCCAUGCCCCUGGGGAGACGGCCAUCGACCCUGGUGGACACACACAACCCCGCAGUUUCAGCAUCUGACCUCUGUCGCUCUGCUGCAGCCCAGCUCUCCUGCCAGCUGUCGGCUCGUGACCUCAGCACCACCAGCAGCACCAUGGACACCGCCGCCUUGACAUUGGACCCCGAGAGCUGCCCCUACUGCGCCAAGGCCCUGGCCAACGAAUUGGAGGGCGGCAUCGACACACAAGGCGACUCAGACAGCGAGGGCGUGUACGAGUUCACCCAGGACCUCCACCUCAGGGACAGGAGAGACAGCCGUCAGCCCAAAAAGAAGCAGUGCAGGCUGGGCAAAACGGCGGGGAAGGUCGUCCACUUCUGGAGGCUGGUGUGUGACACGUUCAGGAAGAUCGUGGACAGCAAGUAUUUCGGACGUGGUAUUAUGAUCGCCAUUCUGAUCAACACUCUGAGUAUGGGGAUCGAGUACCAUGAGCAGCCUGAUGAGUUGACCAAUGCUUUGGAGAUCAGCAACAUCGUGUUCACCAGCCUCUUCGCUCUGGAGAUGCUGUUGAAGGUUUUGGUCUAUGGGCCCUUUGGCUACAUCAAGAACCCCUACAAUAUCUUUGAUGGCAUCAUCGUGGUCAUCAGUGUGUGGGAGAUUGUGGGUCAGCAGGGUGGCGGCCUGUCGGUGCUGAGGACGUUCCGGCUGAUGCGGGUGCUGAAGCUGGUGCGCUUCAUGCCAGCCCUGCAGAGGCAGCUGGUGGUGCUGAUGAAGACUAUGGACAACGUGGCCACCUUCUGCAUGCUGCUCAUGCUCUUCAUCUUCAUUUUCAGUAUCCUGGGGAUGCAUCUGUUUGGUUGUAGGUUUGGGUCAGAGAACGACGAGGACACUCUGCCGGACAGGAAGAACUUUGAUUCUCUUCUCUGGGCCAUAGUUACGGUCUUCCAGAUCCUCACCCAGGAGGACUGGAACAAGGUGUUGUAUAACGGCAUGGCCUCCACAUCCCCAGUGGCUGCCCUCUACUUCAUCGCACUCAUGACCUUUGGGAACUACGUCCUCUUCAACUUACUGGUGGCCAUCCUGGUCGAGGGUUUCCAGACGGAGGGAGAUUCCCAGCCGGGUUCAGAGAUCGGUUCCAUCGCACGCUUGGAGGAUGUGAACGACAGCAAGAGGGAUUUAUCAGCCUCUGCAGUAGUGCCUGUAAAUGGUCAUGUGGACCUGAAGACCAGCCUGACUCCACCUCUAAUUACUCACACGGCCGCCACCCCCAUGCCCAUACCCAAGUUGCCAGUCGGAGGUGAUCCCAUCCUGGGGUACGAGGCCCGUCGAGGCAGCAAUGUCUCCGUAGACCCAGCCUGCUAUGACAAAUCACCGACCAGUGCCCGCAGUGCUUCGCCUCACCCCCCGUGGACCGCCGGCAGCGGCUGGACCAGCCGACGGUCCAGCUGGAACAGCCUGGGCCGCGCCCCGUCGCUCAAACGGCAGAAACGGCAGUCCGGGGAGCGACGCUCGCUCCUCUCCGGGGAGGGCGGCUCCAGCUCGGACGAUGGCGAGGGUGGAGGGGAAGGUGGAGGUGGGAUGAUGGAGGAUGACAACACCUCCCUGGCCAGAACGGACUCCAUGUCGCAGAGAGGUCCCCGACAUCGGAGGAUGGAGUCGGUGGAGACUCGGAGCUCCAUGGAUUUGCCACCUGACGCUCUGCUGCAGGUGCCCUUCCUGUACCGCUCAGCAAGCAUGCACAGCUCCAGACCCCCCUCACUGGGCGCCCUGCGGCCCUCAGAGCACAGCGACUGCAACGGAAAGGGCUCUCUGACCGUCCUGGGCCCGACACAUGUCUCGCUGGAGGAGAACACAGAAGAUGAUAAUGCAGAGGAGGAGCCCAACCUGGGUCGUUUUGCCAGAUUGUUCCGCUGGCUGGAGAAGAAGCAGCCCGAGUGGUGUCGACAGAGAGACACCUGGGCACUCUACCUCUUCCCUCCAGAGUCCAGGUUUCGGAUCCUGUGCAAAAGGUUCAUCAGCCACAAGAUGUUUGACCACGUCGUGCUGGUCAUUAUCUUCCUCAACUGCAUCACCAUUGCCAUGGAGAGGCCUCGCAUCGAACCCUCCAGUGCUGAGCGGAUCUUCCUCACGUUGUCCAACUACAUCUUCACAGCGAUUUUUAUAACUGAGAUGACAGUGAAGAUCGUAGCUUUGGGCUGGUGUUUCGGGGACAAGUCCUAUCUGAGGAGCAGCUGGAACCUUCUCGACGGGAUGCUGGUAAUGAUUUCUGUCAUCGACAUCCUCGUGUCCCUCAUCUCCAACACGGGUACCAAGAUCCUGGGCAUGCUCAGAGUGCUGAGGCUGCUGAGGACCCUGCGGCCGCUACGAGUGAUCAGCAGAGCCCCAGGGCUGAAGCUGGUGGUGGAGACUCUGAUGUCGUCACUGAAGCCCAUCGGCAACAUUGUAGUCAUCUGCUGCGCCUUCUUCAUCAUCUUUGGCAUCUUGGGAGUACAGCUCUUCAAAGGGAAGUUCUUCUUUUGUCAAGGACUAGAACAUCAAGUAAAGAACAUCACCAACAGGUCAGACUGUGUGCAGGCCAGCUACAAAUGGGUCAGACACAAGUACAACUUUGACAACCUGGGACAGGCCUUAAUGUCUCUGUUUGUUCUGGCGUCGAAAGACGGCUGGGUGGACAUUAUGUAUAAUGGACUGGAUGCUGUAGGAGUGGACAAACAGCCAGAAUUGAACUACAACCCAUGGAUGCUGCUUUAUUUCAUCUCUUUCCUGUUGAUUGUGGCCUUCUUCGUGCUCAACAUGUUCGUGGGCGUGGUGGUGGAGAACUUCCACAAGUGCCGGCGCCACCAAGAGGCCGAGGAGGCCAAGCUCAGGGAGGCGAAGAGACUGAAACGCAGGGAGAAAAAGAGACGGAAAGCUCAGAGUAAACCUUACUACUCGGAUUACUCCCCCACCCGACUGCUCAUCCACAAGAUGUGCACCAGCCACUACCUGGACCUGUUCAUCACCAUCGUCAUCGGGCUCAACGUCAUCACCAUGUCCAUGGAGCACUACCAGCAGCCCCAGGAGUUGGACGAGGCAUUGAAGAUCUGCAACUACAUUUUCACCCUCAUCUUUGUCCUGGAGGCCGUCUUCAAGCUGGUGGCUUUUGGUUUCCGACGCUUCUUCAAGGAGAGGUGGAACCAGCUGGACUUGGCCAUCGUGCUGCUGUCCAUCAUGGGCAUCACUCUGGAGGAGAUUGAGGUCAACGCUUCGCUGCCCAUCAACCCCACCAUUAUCCGCAUCAUGAGAGUGCUGAGGAUCGCACGAGUAUUGAAGCUCUUGAAGAUGGCGGUGGGGAUGAGAGCUUUGCUGGACACGGUUAUGCAAGCCCUGCCUCAGGUGGGGAAUCUGGGUCUUCUCUUCAUGCUUCUCUUCUUUAUCUAUGCAGCACUGGGAGUGGAGCUGUUUGGUGACUUGAUUUGUGAUGAGCUCCACCCAUGUGAGGGUCUGGGCCGCUACGCUACAUUUAAAAACUUCGGCAUGGCGUUCCUGCUGCUCUUCAGAGUUUCCACCGGAGACAACUGGAAUGGAAUAAUGAAGGACACGUUAAGAGACUGCGCCCAGGACACCAACACCUGCUACAACACUGUGGUCUCUCCGCUCUACUUCGUCUCCUUUGUCUUGACUGCUCAGUUCGUCCUGGUCAACGUCGUCAUUGCCGUCCUGAUGAAGCACCUGGAGGAGAGCAACAAGGAAGCCAAAGAGGGAGCACUGCCUGAGGCAGACUUGGAGCUGGAGCUCCAGGCAGACGGAGGAGACUUGACAACAAGGUCACCCCAGCUGAACCCUCUGGCACUGGGCAUGGACAGGUCGAGCUCUGGUGGUUCGCCCCGGAGGUUCCCCGGAGCAGGGGACAGGGAACAGGAGCGGGACGGACCGAUGGACUCGCCCACUGCUGACAUAACCAGAGAUUCAGUCAACAUCAGUCCAGACCCCCCUUCGUGUGUUGAUCCCCCACUGGAGUUUGUCCAGCGGAGAGUGCCGUUUGACUCGGUCUCCCUGGUCAUCCAGGGUUCAAUGGAGGGAGAGUUGAGUCUGAUGGACAACCUGUCCGGCUCUAUCUGCCACUACUACGCGUUGCCCCCCAAGCCCAGCAAGCACAGCACCGACAAGAAGAUCCCUCUAGCGGAGAUGGAAGCUCUGUCUCUGGGCUCGGACAAAUCCUGGUCGCUAGCUCUGACAGACGACUCGGCCCCUGACGAUUUUAACCCCCUCUUUCUAACCAGUCUGGACUGCAAUACGGAGCAGCUCAAUCCUGGGGAGCCACUGGGGGAUAACCUGCUGAGCGUCAGGAAGCCCACAGUGGGACGCACACACUCCCUGCCCAAUGACAGCUACAUGUUCGCCCCCCUGCAGCCCUUUGACCACACAGCCCCGGCUCCAGCACAGCUUCUAGCACAGGGGCCCCAGCACAUACAGGGCACCCAUAGGUCCCAAUCAGGCUCCAGGGCCUCGCUGCGGUCGCAGCCAGAGGAGUUCUCCCAGCAGCUGACCGUUCCCACAGACCUCUUCAGACCCAUCAGCCCCCACAGCCACUCAGACUCAGAGAGUAUACCACGCCUACCCCCGCCCAGGCACACGCACACACUCAGCCGCACGCUCCGCAGACAGGUUGCGGUGUCUACCGACUCUCAGGAGGCCCUGUGCUCGGGCGGAGGGGGGAGCAAUGAAGGACUUGUGAAUGUGGCCUCUGUGGGCCUCUCUACGUCUCCCUCCUCCUCCCCCUCCCCCACCUGUCCCUCACCCUGCUCCCAUCACCCGCAGCAGCAGCAGCAGCAGCCGGCUCUCUGCCUGGUUCCUGCCACACCAGGCGCCUCCCCCAAACCCCAAAGCUCCGGCAGCGUGCACACCCAGCACCAUGACCAGCACCGCCUCGCCUCCUACUCCCCUUCCUCCUCUUCCUCCUGCUCGCCUCCUCCACUUCUACCAGUGGGGCCGCACCAACAGGAGGCCUCAGUGGAUCAGGAAGUGUCCCUCAUUACCUGCGCUGCGCUGGCUGGCAGGGAUGAUGUAGCGGCGGAGGACAGCAGCGAUGGUAAUGAGGGUUACAGCUCCUACGCAGGCUGCCAGGAGAGUCGAAGUCCGUAUUUGAGGCAGCUGAAAAGGUUCCACAGCGCUGACACGCAGGGCCGCAGCACCUUCCUGUCCCACCCCCGCCCUUUCUCCUGGCUUGACGACCCCCGCCGCCACUCUGUAGAGGUGUGCUCCUCUGUGGAGUCCAGUCCCCAGCGCAGCACCACCUCCACCUCCUCCGGCUUUGUGUCGCGGGCCAACAGCCUGCAGAUCCACAGCCAGACCCCCACUCAGACCUCGCAACCCUCACCUCGACGCAAGAAGAAAAUGAGCCCGCCCUGCAUCUCCGUAGACCCCCCUGACGGACUGGAGCCUCAGUCUGGCCUCUACCCGGGCCUAGGUGGGCUCGGGGGGUUAGGGAUGCCCCCUCCUCUGCCCAGCCGGGACACCUGCCUGAGGAGGAGAGCGCCCUCCAGUGACUCCAAGGACUCCUUUGACCUGGGAGUGGGAGAGGGUUCGGGACAGGACGGAGGCUCGCCAAAACCCAGCCCCAACCCCAAGCUAUUGACUCUUCCCAGUUUCUCCUUCGAGAAGACGAGCUCGGAGCACUGAACAGUCCGGCACACACAGACACACACACAAACAUAGCUGGAGGAACCCUCCACACACACAAACACACGAUGCACUGUGUGUCUGUGACGGUGAUAGUUCUAGUAAUAAUGCUGUAGAGAGUAAUAAUGGUGAAACUACAAUAAACAGUAAAAAGAUCCUUGGUUACAUAAGGAGUGCAGUACUGUAGUAGUGUGACCAUCCCUUGUCUUUGUAUUGUUACUGCCAAAUCAAGCCAGAGAAGAAGAGAACACAUGAAACGACAAACUGGACUUCCCCUCUCUUCUGCUACGCCUGCAUGCCACUGGCUGCAGCUCGACCCCAUAACCUCUGGAGCGACAUCAGCGCCUGGGAUUUGGCGCCCCCUUGUGGUCACCGUCUGGACUGCCUGGUGUCGCACAGGGUGGACUUCGGUCGGUGGAGGUACAAAGCAAUAUGAACGUUUUAGAGACACUAUUUUCUUAAAUUAUUGGGCCAUAGUGUUUGUACAGGAUGUUGUUUUUUUAUUUCAUUUCGAUUGUUAUUUUAAUGUUUUUGUGAUUUUCUUUUUUUUUUUGUGUCAAAAAUGGUUUGUCUCUGUCUUUUUUUUCACUGUAGGAUAUUUCUAGCUUUCUUGGUUUACUGAGGAAAGUGAACGUUUUUCAAAGUGCUGAAAACCAUGUAUUUGUAGGAAUAAUAUAUAAAUAUAUAUAUAAAAAAAGGAGUCAUUAAACUGAGCUUGGAUUUUUAAGCACACGCAUUA